AUGUCUUCUAUACCAAAGGAACAUGAUUACAUAGGCUUGUCGGAGACUCCCUCAAUGGAUAAAUUCUCUGACAAGGUCUCCUCUUCCUCUACUUCCUCCUCUACUCUCUCCACUGAAGAGAAAAACAGCAGCAGCAGCGGCAGCAACGAUACUUCUCUCAACUUGAAAGAAACUGAGCUAAGGCUUGGCUUGCCCGGGUCUCUGUCACCAGAGAGAAAACCAACAGCACCUGCCGCUGGAGUGUCUCUUUUUGGCAAAGAUAUUGACACCAACAACACUAAUGGUUAUUCUCUUAGCCCACUGAAGAAUUCAGUGUCAGGGGCUAAGAGAGGUUUCUCAGAUGCCAUUGAUGGGUCUUCUGGGAAAUGGGUUUUCUCUGGGGGUAAUGGAUCUGAGGUUGAUUUGAGUAAAGGAGCUGUUUUGUUCUCUCCCAGAGGUGAUAACGGUAAACCCCAGAAAUCUUGUGUCGCAGGACCUGCCAAUAAAGAUGUUGUUGCUCAACCGCCAAAGCCAGUUCAAGAGAAAAACAGCCAAGUGGCUGCAGCAAAUGAGAAUAGCAGUGCUCCUGCUGCAAAGGCACAGGUGGUAGGAUGGCCACCAAUUCGCUCAUUCCGGAAGAAUACCAUGGCCUCUAGUUUGGUGAAGAACAAUGAAGAUGUCGAAGGCAAAUCAGGAUAUGGUUGCCUGUACGUAAAGGUUAGCAUGGAUGGUGCUCCAUACCUUAGGAAGGUUGACCUUAAAACUUACAGCAACUAUCUGGAACUCUCAUCUGCUCUUGAGAAAAUGUUCAGCUGCUUCACCAUUGGACAAUGUGGUUCUCAUGGACUUCCAGGGCGAGAUGGCUUAACUGAAAGUCGUUUGAAGGAUCUUCUUCAUGGUUCUGAGUAUGUUCUUACAUAUGAAGACAAGGAUGGUGAUUGGAUGCUUGUUGGUGAUGUACCUUGGGACAUGUUUACUGACUCGUGCAGAAGACUAAGGAUCAUGAAAGGUUCAGAAGCAAUUGGACUCGCCCCAAGGGCCAUGGAGAAAUGCAAGAACCGCAAUUAG